AUUUGGUCCCAUGUAUAUAUAUAUAUAUAUAUAUAUAUAUAUAUAUAUAUAUAUAUAUAUAUAUUAUAUAUAUAUAUAUAUAUUAUAUAUAUUAUUAUCACAUAUCACCAAGUCCAAGUUAUUACAAAAACAACUUAACGAGUCAGAAAUCGAUUUAUAUAAUAUUUUGUGCAUAAUAUAUAUUCGGAAUGAAUGUAAAAAUAAAAAUUUAAUAAUUUUAUUAGUCUUCCAAAAUCUCUCCAUUUAUGUCUUGGUGAGAUUAAUGAACAACUACACCAUCUUGAAUUUCUUGAUUUAUUUUUUCAGCAAAAACUGA